CUACUGAAACCUCUGAAUCUGAAAAGGUGGUUGAUGAUGUUUCCAUCAAGGUAUUUCAUUUUUGUGUUUUUUGAAAUUUUAUUUCUUGUUGAUAUGUUGAUUUGUUGUUGAUGUGUUGUUGAUAUUCUGUUGACUUGUGUUGACUUGAACAGGCACCUAAGACUAGGUCAACCCCUGGUUCUUCAAAGAAAAAAUCUUAUACUGAAAGCAGUGAAUCUGAAAAAGUGUUGGAUGAUGGUUCCAUCAAGAUUUGGUCUCCUCGUUGGAAACUUGGAGACAUUCCUACCACAAGGGUUGAUCAUUGUCUGAAGUAUAAUGUUGUUGAUCAGUUGAGAAGCAAUUUGUCGGAAGGACAGCUGGAAUUGUUCAAGCAAACAUGUUUCGGCUUUGUUUUGGAAAUGCCCCCAUGUUUGUUUCAAGGGCAGGUUAUACAUUCUUUGUUAGCGAGGCAGCUUAUUCAUCCAAAACAGAAUGAGAUGUGGUUUGGUGUUGGUGAGCAUAAAGUCAGAUUCAGCAUUGAAGAGUUUGCAGUUUUAACGGGACUGAAUUGUACUGGUGAAAUUCAGAAGGUAGGCUUUGAAGAUUCAGGCAAUUCGUUUGUUGAUAAGUACUUUUUCGGGAAGACGAAGGUUAAUAGGCAGUCUGUCAUUGAGUGUUUACUGUCGAAGCGAUGGCAGUCUGAUGAAGAUGCUGUCAGAAUUGCUUUUUUGUAUGUGCUGGAGAUUUAUUUUCUGUCUGCGCUUGAUUCUAAUCUUGUCAAUGGUCAUCAUUUGGAUGUAAUAGCUUUUGAGGACUAUAACUGUUACCCAUGGGGUAAAGAAAUCUUUUCUUAUACCCUGAACAGUUUGAAGACCAAGGACCUUUUAAAGAAGACCAAAAAAGAAGGGUAUUGCAGAUUGCUUGGGUUUCCUAUUAUUUUGCAGUAUUUAUUUUACGAGUGUUUCCCUUCUGUUGACGGUAAGAUAUGUAUGCUUGUGGGUAACAAAGUUCCAAGAUGCUUGAAUUGGACUUCAAGCGAAACUCCUGCCGUGAUCGAUUUGGAAACUGAUUUUUAUAAUCAUGGAUCAAAGGUAUUUUUGUUUUUAUUUUGUUUUUUGUUUUUUUUUUCUUUCAUAUUUAUUGAUUUUCUUUUAUGUUAUUAAAUGUAGCUUAAGUUUGAAAGAAUUGUACCUUCUGCGGAUGAGAAAAGAGUUUUAAUGCUGAAUGGCUUUUUUGCCUCUGAAAAGAAGAAGGGCAGUAUCCAGAAAGCUCAUACCGCUGACGAUGAUGAUCUUGCUGCUGUUAAUGAUGCGAAUGACCAUUCUUUGUCUUCUGCAUCAACACAAAAUCAACAGCAUAUCAACAGUCUGUCAAAGAGGGUUGGGAAUAUUGAAAAGCAGCUGAAAAGUGUUAUUCUUCAGCAGUCUGAGAUCAAGAAGGAUCUGAAAUCCUAUCAUGAUGAUAUUGAUAAUGGUAUGAUUGAAAUACAAGCUGUUUUGAAAGAUUUGGUCACCAAAAUGGACCGUUAUAUUGAAAAGUCAGAAAUUAUUAAGCGUGUUGACGAUAAGGAUGAUCGUGGUCGUAAAAGUGAUUCUUCGUCGGAAAGUGAUGACGAUAAUCAGAAUAAAGAUAAUGAUCUUAAUAAGGCUGAAGAUCUUUCUGCUUUGGAUAAUGAUCAGGAAGAAGAAGAUAAAUCUGUGCAAGGUGGUGAAAGGAAGAUUGAAGAAGCUACGGACGAUGUUUCCGGGGUUGAUGUUGAUACAAAUUUGAACAUGAAUGAGGUAUUUGUGGUUUUUCAUUGUAUUUAAUGUGUACUAUAUUAUUGUUCUUAACUGUUUAUACUUGUUAAAAAUUUUGAAGGGAGAAGAUGUUUUU